AUGCCCGCUCUUCGCCUUUCCUCCUCCAUCGUGAGCGUGUCUUCUCACAAGACUUUGCAAAUCAAGCGAUUCCUGACCAAGAAACAAAAGCAGAAUCAUCCUAUUCCUCAAUGGACUCAGAUGAAAACUGGUAACAAAAUCAGGUACAACUCCAAGAGAAGACACUGGAGGAGAACAAAGCUGGGUCUGUAAGGAUUCACACAAUG